AUGGGUGGAUCAAGAGAUAGAUCAUCAGGUAGAAAAGAUAAAUAAAAAAAGAGAAGAAAAUCUCGUAGUUACUCUAGCUCAAAGAGUUAUGAAGAGCAAUAGAAUCAAUUUCAAAAGAACCCAAAGAAAAAGAUUUAGCAAAACAAUCUUAACAACAAUAACAAUGGGAAUAAUAUGGGAGGAUCAAAUAAUAUGAACAACAAUUAUAUGAACAACCAAUAAAAUAAUAGUAUGAAUAAUGGCAACAACUAUGAUGACGGAAAUGGAGGAAAUUAAAACAAUUAAAAUCAAUCUAUGAAUUAAUAGGGACACUAAUAAGGUUUAAGAUAAACAGGAAUGAAUAAUUUUGGCAAUUAGAGGAUGAUGAAUAAUGGAAUGAUGAUGGGCAAUUUGAUGAAUUAGUUUAUAAAGCCAUAACCUCCAACACAUUUAAAUUUUAUGAUGCCUAUGAUGGGUGGCAUUAACAUGUAGUAAAUGGGACAUUUUAAAAUGCCAACUAUGAUGAAUAGAUUCCCAAUAGCAUAGCCAAUGAGAUAAUUCCCUCCUUUCAUAUAGAAAUAGAAUUUGAUAAAUAAUAACAAUAACAUGGGCUAAUAAAUGGAUUAAGAUGAUUCCAAUAAAAAGAUGAACAAAUUUAAUGAAAAAAAUCAAAUAAAGCAAAAAUAAAUAGACACCGAACCUUUUGUUACUUUUAAAAAUAUAAAUUUAAUAAGCGGGAUUGUAGAAAUUAUACAAAAUACAUGCUUUUCUAUGGAAAAAUCGAAUAAUGAAUUGGCAUUUUAUGUCUGCAAAAAGGCAUUUUUAGAAAUUCUAAAAAAGCUGAAAGAAUAAAACUAAAAUCGCUAUCACGAUAGUACAGAAGAUCUUUUAAAGUACUUAGAAAAGUAAUUCUUAGAAGAGCAAAAGUAAGCCAUCAAAGAGUUCAACCAACAAAAGAACCUGAAGGAAAAGAACUAUCUUUUCAACAAUACCAAAUUCAACAGUGGGAUAGAUAACUUAGAUUAUCAAAUCCUCAAAUUAGUUCAUAAAUCAAAAAAAUUGAAAGAUGUUUUUGACGUAAUCUAAACAGAAUCUGCUAACAAAGUAGAUCUUUCCUACCAAAACGAAUCUCUAGCAAGGAAAUUGUUGAUAUACACAUCCAACCAAUACAAUGAGCAGUCUCAUAAGUUAUAUUAAGAAAGUAUAAAGUUAUUCAAUUAAAAUGUUUCAUACUGA